CGCCCACGCCUUUGAAACGUCAACAGCGCCAAACUUGGGGCUCCCUAUCGGGAAAAUGACCACAGCUACCGAGGAGCCGCAAUGGAGAAAAGUCCAUUCCGUUACAGGGGUGAUACCGCGGUCCAGACACGGACACCGCGCUGCUGCAAUACGGGAGCUGAUUAUUGUUUUCGGUGGUGGAAACGAAGGGAUAGCGGAGUACCUCCAUGUUUACAACACUGUCUCAAGGCAGUGGUUUCUGCCUGCGGUGAGGGGUGACAUCCCACCUGGCUGUGCUGCCCAUGGUUUCGUCUGUGAAGGCACUCGAAUACUGGUCUUUGGCGGUAUGGUUGAGUUUGGGAAAUACACCAACAGCCUCUAUGAACUUCAGGCUAGUCGCUGGCUGUGGAAGAAGCUGAAGCCCAGAGCACCCAGGAAUGGCUGUCCUCCCUGCCCCCGGAUUGGACAUAGCUUCACCCUUGUGGGUAACAAGUGUUACCUGUUUGGAGGGCUGGCCAAUGAUAGUGAAGACCCCAAUGGCAAUGUACCAAGAUACAUGGGUGACUUGUAUGAGCUGGAGUUGCAGUCAGGAUCUGGGGCAAGAGGCUGGAACAUCCCAGAGACGAAGGGGGUCGGUCCCUCAGCACGAGAGUCCCACACCUCAGUUGCCUACUCUGGCCUCGGCUCCCCGAAGCUCUAUAUCUUUGGAGGGAUGCAAGGAUGCCGGUUGGACGACCUCUGGCAGCUUGACCUCGACACAAUGGUUUGGUCGACUCCUGAAACCAGGGGUUCCAACCCACUUCCCAGAAGCCUUCACUCUGCCAAUGUCAUUGGAAACAAGAUGUAUGUUUUUGGUGGCUGGAUUCCGGUUCCAGAGUCAGACAAACACAUUGCUUUAGGAACUGAAUGGAUCUGCACCAACUCCUUAUGUGUACUCAACUUAGACACUAUGAGCUGGCACAACCUGGGCCCAGAGCAGCAGGAUGACAUCGAGUCCCAGCUGCAGAGCCAGGGACCCCACAGUGACGACCCGUAUGCCUGUAGGCCCAGAGCCAGGGCCGGCCACUGUGCUGCCACUGUCGGGUCCAGGCUUUACAUUUGGAGCGGCCGUGACGGAUACCGUAAGAGCUGGAACUACCAAGUCUGCUGCAAGGACCUCUGGUACCUGGAGACAGACCGACCUGCCACCCCUGAGGCAGUGUUACUCAUCAAAUCCACAGUCAGCAUGCUUCAUGUGGCGUGGCGCCCCCUAGCGGCGGCCGACUGCUACAUCCUUCAGAUCCAGCCUGCCUGUCCUCCCAGCACUGCAGCUGGUGAUCCACCAGCCGCCCAUCCAAUGAGAACAGAUGGACCUGAGGGGAAGGUUGAAGACAAUUCAGGUGUCCAGUCCCUUCAGCCUGAAAUUGAAGGAACCACAAAUGAAAACGCGGAAGCAUCAGCUCGGGUAGAUGAUGCUUCAGCACAGCAGGAAUCUGCAGUAAAGUCGUCCAGUUGCUCAGCAGAGACCCGAGCAGAAGGAGCGAGGACUACCGGGAGAGGGACAGAGAAGGACUCGGACACAAAGUGCUGCGCUGGACAGGAGACAUCAACGACAGAGGUCAGCAGCUCAACUCAGCACCAGCCAGAGAAACAGCCUGUUUCAGCUGACAAGACAACGGAUUUGUACGCCCCCACACACCAGAAUCCUGAUGAAGGAGUGUGGUUUGAUGUUGGUGUGUUCAAAACACUCUUUUCUGAGGUCAGACAUUACUUCCUGCCUGCUGACAGUGACCAGGCGACUGCAGCCAUCAGCAGCCGGCCCCCAAAUACUAAAGAGAGGAAGCUGCCAGGGCCUCAGGACUACCAGGGCAGAGAAAAGCAGGAGCUGGCUCCAGGUCAGACCUACAGGUUUAGAGUUGCAGGUUUCAACUUCUUUGGCCAGGGAGACUUCAGCCCGGUCAGCGAGUUCAAGACCUGCCAACCUGGUUUCCCUGGAGCUCCCUCUGCUGUCAAAAUUACCAAGGCCAACGAUUCGAUCCACAUCACGUGGGAGGCUCCCUCCUCUCCAUCAGGCCGGAUCCUGGAGUACUCCAUGUACAUGGCAGUGAGGAAGAGCCGCUCCACAAGCUCAGAGCGUCCGGGUCAGAUGGCAUUCAUCAGGAUCUACCGCGGCACUAAGAUGUCCUGCUCGGUCAGCUCCACCCACAUGGACAAUGCCCACAUUGACUGCUCCGCCUCCAACCGUCCGGCUGUCGUGUUCCGCAUAGCUGCAAAGAAUGAACAGGGCUACGGCCCCGCGACGCAGAUCCGCUGGAUUCAAGAUCCCACUAAGUUGCGUACACCUGCAUCCAAAGCAGACAACAGUGCAGAGGCAGACCAGGAUGCGGCUGACAGCUCCAGCUGAACGUGUGCACUCAGGAAGUUGCCAAUGUACGCCACUCAGAGGAUGUAUAUUUCCUAGAUAGCUUUUUUAAAUUUAUUUUUUUAUGUAUUUAAUUACUCUCUUGUAAAUAGAUAUACAUUUUCACAGGAUACUUGACCACUUGGCUAUUUUAGUUAAAAAUGUUUUGUUAAGUAAUAAUAUGUAAUAUGAUAUAGACCAAAGUAAGUGUGAUUUCAGACUGAAAAGGUUGGAGGUGCCUUAGAGUGUUUUAUCAGCCACUGCUGCUUUAUACAGCAUGUCAUGGUUUGAAUGAAACACAGGUGUUAAGAUGUUUUCAGGGCCAGUGAACAUCUGAAGUAAAAUCUUUUUUUUAGUGUGGACUACUUUUACAAUCCUGAUGACUCUGUGAAGUUAUGAAAUACUAAUGAUCUGUUGUUGUUUUAUAUUCAGAUCAUUUACAAUGAUUCAUGUUUGGUUUGAGAUUUUUGUUUACAGGUUUUGUCACUGUGCACAACCAUAAGUUACUACAAGCUUUUUUUUUUUGUGUCCAUUACAUUUCUGCAUCACAUUUAUCAGUAUAUAAUUUUGCAUUUAUUUUAUUGUCAUUAUUCUCGCUAGAUCGCUUACAUUGUUAAUGAGUUACAUGUAAAAAAGGUUCCGUUCUAAAUCAAAAUUUGACACACUACUAAUAAUGUUUAUGAAUAAAGGUAUCAAAAAUGCUGCAGAUAUAUUACAGGAAAAGAUUUGCGUGUCAACACUAUUAUUGUCUUUGGUUUGACUAGCUCACCAUUUAGUGGGCAAAAAGUAUUGGUAUUCUCCGCCAUCACAUCUGGACUGAGACUAUUACAGGCCUCUAUAACUGGUGUGCUGAAGGAACGCGUGGUAUGCAGACCUCAGAUGCUGCAUCUCUUCAUUUUCUUGCUAAUAAAUGAUUCCUUGCUUGUGCUGUCUUCCAUAGAAGAGCAUUUAUCGAGUAUGGUAUUUGAUUAAGCUGCACACUGUAUUUGAAUGAAGAUGAGGUUAAACCUCAAGAGGAAAUCCACUUCACAACACUGCAUGCACCUCACUCAUGUACUAUCCACAGUAUCAUUGUAGAUGCGGUGUGUUUGUGUAAUGGAGGUGAAUUUGUUCUCAUUAAGGACAAAUAAAAUUGUAAACCGGGACCUGUAGAACAAUA